AUGGAUUAUAGAGCUGCUGAUCAGGAUAUGGAAAUUCAGGAUUUGAGGGAUUCUAAGAGUGUGCAGUUGGAUUCUAAAGUUGGUGAAGCUUUAAUCGCUGAUGUGCCUGCUUGUUAUGCAGAGGAUGACGAGGCUCAAGGUUUCUUUGGUGGUAUUUGGCUGUUGUGGAAUGAUGCUAAAUUCAACUUGAGAGUCAUUCAUUGUAUAGAUCAAACUGUUUCUGUUUGUGUUGAAACUGCUAGAGAGUGGAAGAAUUUGGAAGGUUCAGUUUCUAAUAUAUUGGACAUGUUGAUUCCCCUGCUUCGGAAGUGGAAUACUCAAGUCUAUGGUCAAAUCUUUCAAAAGAAUAAGAGAAUUCUUGCUAGGCUUCAAGGUAUUCAAAGAGUUUCUUGGCUGCGGAGUGGGGAUAGAAAUACCAAGUUCUUUCACAUUACUACUCUUGUCAAAAGAAGAAGGAAUAGGAUUGAAAGGCUUAAAGAUAAUAAUGGAGAUUGGAUCUCUAGUAAAGAGGGUUUGAAAGCUCUUGUUGUUAAGUAUUUUCAUGGCAUUUUUUUGGAUGGUGCUGUUGAUAUCAUUAACAGUCCUUUGCCUUCUCUUUUUGCCCAUAUUCCUAAGGCUGAUUUGGCUGCUGUCAGUAAGGAGGUGACUGAAAAGGAGGUGCAUGAUGCUCUAUUUGCUAUUGGUCCCUACAAGGCUCAUGGUCCCAAUGGCUAUUCUGCUUUUUUUUUUUUUCCAUAA